AUGAGUACAGCUUCCCAAGCAAACAGACAAGGAACGAAACGAGCUUGCGAUCAAUGUCGUCGACGGAAGACAAGAUGCAUUCCAUCGUGCGGGACGGCCUGUCGCAAAUGCUCCAUCAAUCGCCUGCAGUGUACCUUCAGCACGCCUGUCGCCAAACGAGGACCGAAAGCACACCGGGGCAAGAUCAUAUCAGAACUUCGUAACCUUCAAUCGUCUGAACAAUCACCGACAUCGUCUCGACAGUCGCCCGCAACGUCUCAGACGUCCAGCUCGGCCGAUGAAGACGUCGACGUUGAUGUCUCGUCGCAGGACGAUGAUGAAGACGACUCCCAAUUGCUUCCCGCGACAGGUCUACACUACCCUAUCGUGGCUUUGCACCCGACUCCUGCCCAUCUGACGAACGAAGAGGUUGCAACAGUGACUGAGAAACAGGAGCGCGACACUGAAGAUGGCUUUCUGUCUUUCGCUCUUGGCGUGUACACAAUGAUUGCGAGAAGCAGAUACAACCAGGACUCCAAGGACGACUCUGCACCAGAUGUUGGGCUGGGAAAAACGCUACUACACGAGCUCUCGCGCCUGAGGAGUAGCGUCACGACUGUCGAUCGACCGACCAUCGCAUCCAUCGUGGUCUCGCUUCUGAUGUUUCACUGCUUCAGUGCUCUCGACAAUGGACGGUCCGCGUGGUUCUACCUGCGGCAAGCGACGACAUUCGCAUUGGCAUUGGGACUUCACGAGCAGCAGCAGCAGGACGACUUUCUCAGUUCAGACACCACACGGGGACAUGUCUUGUACUGCAUCCUGUUCAUCACAGAGCGCAACGACUCGUUGCAACGACAAAAUCCAUUGACAUUGCCAAUGCCCAGCACAAGACAUACGCUCGCCUUGGAGUACGCCUGCCGUGCACUGGGAGCAUACACUAGUCUGGCGCGCCUUAUUCGCCUCUACACGCCAUUCGACGAAGUGUUUCUCCAAUCUCGGACAGGGCGUGAGACUGCAGCAUCUGGUGCUGAACGGCUAACACAACUGCAAGACGAAGUUCAGGCGAUGUCACUUGUUCGACGAUCGGCGCAGGCCGAUGCUUGUACUGUCGACUUCAUAUGUUCUAAGUACUGGUUGCAAAUUCUCAUCUGGCAGAUCGCGUUGAGCCAGGGGCAGCUGUCCACCACCGCGAGGGACGUUAGUCUUACCUUCAUCUUUCCGGUGCGGAUCGCAAACGAGCUUUUGGGACACCUGGACACGUUUCCACUGGAGGCUCUACAGAUACACGGGCCGGUGCUGACAGAGAAACUCUUCGAUGUUGCUUGCGCUCUUCUGGACGUCUUGAUGUGCGUACCGCUUCAACACAUCUCACCUGAAGGCGCGCCACGUUCUAAUCUGGGUCGUCUCAUGUCCAUCAUCGCAACCCUUCCUCGAGGCUCAGAAAGAUUCAAUCCACUUUUACACGCAAAGGUUUCGGAAAGCCCCAGUUUCUACGUGGCUUGGGACGAUGGCUGA